AUGUCAAUCACCUCGACGACGACAACGACGAUAGAAAAUCCAAAGUACGAUCAACCAGACAACGCACCUGAACAUUGUCCUGGUACAGAAUCAGAUAACGCUGGAAAAGCAUCCGCUUGUGAGGGAUGUCCAAACCAAUCCACUUGUGCCACAGCACCUAAAGGUCCAGAUCCUGAUUUACCUGCAAUUAGGGAACGUAUGAGCACUGUAAAGCACAAAGUAAUGGUAUUAUCUGGCAAAGGUGGCGUCGGAAAGUCCACCUUUACUUCACAACUCGCUUGGGCGAUGUCAGGUGAUGAUACCAAAGAAGUUGGCAUUAUGGACGUCGAUAUUUGUGGUCCAUCUAUACCAACAGUUAUGGGUCUCGUAGGAGAGUCGAUACAUCAAAGUGCGAGCGGUUGGUCACCAGUUUACGUACAGGAUAAUCUCGGAGUUAUGUCCAUAGGCUUUUUAUUACCAAGUGAUACGAAUGCUGUUAUAUGGAGAGGUCCAAAGAAGAAUGGCCUCAUCAAACAAUUUCUCAAAGAUGUCGAUUGGGGUACAAACCUCGACUAUUUGCUAAUUGAUACACCACCUGGUACAUCUGAUGAGCAUCUAUCCUGCGUCAACUACUUAAAAGAAUCUGGUAUCAAUGGCGCAGUACUCAUUACAACACCUCAAGAAGUCGCUCUCCAAGAUGUCAGAAAGGAGAUCGAUUUUUGCAGGAAAACAAACAUACCUAUACUUGGUAUCGUUGAGAACAUGUCUGGAUUCGUUUGUCCAAGUUGCCAUGGCGAAAGUGAGAUCUUCGCGGCUAGUACAGGUGGUGCACAAGCCUUAGCCGAGGAGUUAGGUUUAGAUUUACUCGGAAAAGUUCCAUUAGAUCCUCGUAUAGGACAGAGUGCUGAUUUUGGUUUAAACUUCCUCGAAGAAUAUCCGGAUUCACCUGCUACUACUGCUUAUUUGGAAAUUAUAGAUAAAAUCUCAAAGAAAGUAGAGACCAGCAACUAAAUACACAUAAAAACACUGUAAUUUUAGACCAUAGAAAUAAUUUAUGCAUUAG